GCCGGCAGCCUCCGGCCGCUCGGCGCGGGGCUCGGACCCCCGGCCCCCGGCCCCUGCGCUUCCUGCCUCGCGUCUCCGCCUCCAGCUUAGUUCUCGGGGUGGGGGAGGGGAGCGGAGGCUGUUGGGAUCCUCGCGCACGUCGGCGGGCGGGCAGCGCUGCCCCGUCCGCCCGAGGGCUCCCGCCCGGGCUCGCGGCGCCUGGAGCCCCGGCGGUGGCCCUUGCGCGGCCCGGAGCCCGCGCCGGGCCCGACCCCCGGGCGGCGGAUCGGCGUCCUUCGGGCGAGGCUUCCGUCGGGGGGGUCCGACCGCCCUCUCCUGCCGCCCGGACGCCGGGCCGCCCCGUCCCCGAGCACCUCUUCCUGCCCCGGGUCCUCAGGAACUCCCAAGCCCUUCCAAGUCCCGAAAGUCCCAUCUGUCGGUGCCGGUGCUAGAAUCUCGUCCAAGGUGAACGGGCGCCAGCACCCCUUUGCCUCCAGGGCAACCUCGUCCACGCGAACGAGGCUCCAGUUGAGCAAGCCCCGCUGAAUUCAGUGGGGGUCCUGGUGGGGCUCCUGCGCUGGCCUCUGAAGACCACUCGCCAGGUGAUGCAACAGUACUGGAUGAACGAAUACACCUCGUCCAUCGGAAUUGGCGUUUUUCAUUCGGGCAUUGAAGUAUACGGCAGAGAAUUUGCUUAUGGUGGCCAUCCUUACCCCUUUUCUGGAAUAUUUGAAAUUUCCCCAGGAAAUGCUUCUGAACUAGGAGAAACAUUUAAAUUUAAAGAAGCUGUGGUGUUAGGGAGCACGGACUUCCUGGAGGACGACAUCGAGAAGAUCGUGGAGGAGCUGGGCAAGGAGUACAAGGGCAACGCCUACCACCUCAUGCACAAGAACUGCAAUCACUUCUCCUCGGCGCUGUCGGAGAUCCUCUGCGGGAAAGAGAUCCCUCGCUGGAUCAACCGGCUGGCCUACUUCAGCUCCUGCAUUCCCUUCCUACAGAGCUGCCUCCCCAAGGAGUGGCUCACGCCCGCGGCCCUGCAGUCCAGCGUCAGCCAGGAGCUGCAGGACGAACUGGAGGAGGCCGAGGACGCCGCCGCGUCCGCCUCUGUGGCCAGCGCCGCGGCCGGCCCCAGGCCCGGGCGCCACACCAAACUCUAAGCGUCUCCAAAGCCCCCCCCCCCCCAGAGCUGUCUCGGACAGGGGACGGUCAGCUAGAGAAAAGUACAAGAGCACGCGUCCUCUGGACAUUCUGUAUGCAAAGAUGGCUCUCCCCCCCAUCCCAGAUUUUCAGCUCAGGAUUAUAUUUGUAAU